CUUCACAUCACCAGGGCCUUGGUCCUGGUAGGGGGUCCCGCCCCCGGCCCUGUCCUCCUCCCCAGGCCGGGACCUCCGCGCCUCCCACACACAGUACAACUCUAACAGGAAACUGGGCCAGGACUGCAGGUAGGUCCCGUCCAAUGCGACACGCUCGCGACGGCCCACGCACUGCCAGAACCAGCCCUGCCACUAACCAGCCUAGUAACGCAGUGAUCUUUAGGAGCCCACUUCUAAAUUCAAAUCAUUUGGGGUUCAGUAAGUCUCUUCACAGACGGGGACCUAAUAGCUUCCAUCAGCAGCCUCCACGUUUGCUGAACACGACUACGGGGCCAGACCCAUAUGAACUCCAAUGUGGUUCAGCCGCUCAACUCCAGGGACCAAAAAGACUUUCCCACCUCCCAGCGUUAUUAAAGAGCAAACCCGCCCCCAAGCCUCAGCCACUACGCGGUGCAGAAAGAGGCAGAGCUGGGCAUGCGCAAUUUCCGCCCCCGCCGCAGUCUUGGGAGUGGGCGGGCUCGAGGGCUGCGAGGAAGCGGAAAGCUGACCGGGAGGAGAAAGAAGCCCGCCCCCGGAAGUCCCGCCUGUCUCUGCAGCUUGUUCCCGGAAGUUUUGCUGCUAGUCGCGGACGCAAUGGCUUCAAGGUUACUUCGCGGAGCUGGAACGCUGGCCGCGCAGGCCCUGAGGGCUCGCGGCCCCAGUGGCGCGGCCGCGGUGCGCUCCAUGGCAUCUGGAGGUGGUGUUCCCACUGAUGAAGAGCAGGCGACUGGGUUGGAGAGGGAGAUCAUGCUGGCUGCAAAGAAGGGACUGGACCCAUACAAUAUACUGGCCCCAAAGGGAGCUUCAGGCACCAGGGAAGACCCUAAUUUAGUCCCCUCCAUCUCCAGCAAGAGAAUAGUAGGCUGCAUCUGUGAAGAGGACAAUACCAGCGUCGUCUGGUUUUGGCUGCACAAAGGCGAGGCCCAGCGAUGCCCCCGCUGUGGAGCCCAUUACAAGCUGGUGCCCCAGCAGCUGGCACACUGAGCACCUGCACUAAAUUACUCAAAAUGUGCUGUAAAGUUUCUUCUUUCCAGUAAAGACUAGCCAUUGCAUUGGCUCCUUCUCCCAUA